AUGGAAGGCAGCAAUGCAGACAUACCCAUCAGCACUGUAAGUACCGUGAAAGCGAAGCGGAAGCACGCAGAGACGGUAGAGAGUCUGCAGCAUCAUCUGGAAAUGUUAGAAGAUAAGCGAAAGAACUCAGUGCCCUCCUGUUCGUCUUUGAAUUUGAUACGACAGAGGAGCCAAGCAGUGGAAGAUAAGUUGGCAGAUGAUAGAGGUGCUUUAAUUGUCGACGUCGAUCACAUGAUGUGCAGUGGGGUGACUGUUGCUGGAUUCAAACCAAGAGCAAUAAUUCGGAAACGCAUUAAGACGGCUACCCCCACGGAUACCAAGGAUACCGAAUAUUGGCAGAAACGGCGUAAAAACAACGAUUCGGCUCGCAAGUCACGAGAGUCCAAGAAAGAAAAAGAAAAAAACUUCUACAAGAGGGCCUUGGAGUUAGAGUAUGAAAACCUUUAUCUGCAGGAAUGUUUGAGUCUGGCUGAAGCUGAACUGGCCAGUCUGGGUCAUCCGUUUGUUCCCCCUGUCUUUGGUGGUCAGUGUUAUUACUGA